AUGUUGCAGGCGACUCGAGCGCGACCUCGGCAUUGGGAAAGAAUUCUCUCUGGGGCGAGCCGACCCGACGCGUCCUCGGUGCCACCAGCCCCUCUGAAAAGGAGACGGGUCCUCUGGAUCCGGAACGCCGCCUGUUUCCCCAGGACUCGGUGCUUCUGGUGUGCUCACCUCCGCUCGGGCCGUUCCACGUUCCCCAGGCGCGGGGCAGGACCCUGGAAGCCGGGGGUCCCCUUUAUCCCCCGCAGAAGCGCCGCGACGGUCCGCUUUAUUAUACGAGUGUUCGGCGCUUUUCUCUCUCGUGAGGCCCCUGAGCAGCUUAAAGCAAAAGCGAACGAGCGAACGGGUCGACGGGCUGCGGGUCUUCUGGUCAGUUCCUUCCUAGCAACUCUCCGGGCAAGCUUCGGGCAUGGAGGACUGAACCAGCUGGGUGGGGCCUUUGUGAAUGGCCGGCCCCUGCCAGAAGUGGUACGGCAACGCAUCGUGGACUUGGCACAUCAGGGUGUACGGCCCUGUGACAUCUCCCGACAACUGCGAGUCAGUCAUGGUUGUGUCAGCAAAAUCCUUGGCAGUAGGUACUACGAGACUGGCAGUAUACGGCCAGGUGUGAUUGGAGGCUCCAAGCCCAAAGUAGCAACACCCAAGGUAGUGGAGAAGAUUGGGGACUACAAGCGGCAGAAUCCCACCAUGUUUGCCUGGGAAAUUCGUGAUCGCCUGUUGGCAGAGGGUGUCUGUGACAACGACACUGUUCCCAGUGUUAGCUCCAUCAACAGGAUCAUUCGCACAAAAGUGCAGCAGCCAUUCAAUCUCCCAGUGGAUAACUGUGUGGUGUCUAAAACCCUGAGCCCUGGCCAUAACCUCAUCCCCAGUUCAGCUGUGACUCCGCCAGAGUCCCCCCAGUCAGACUCUCUGGGCUCCUCCACCUAUUCCAUCAACGGCCUUCUGGGGAUCGGUUCCCCCACCAGUGACAACAAGAGAAAAAUCAGUGACACAGGUGACCAAGAAAGCUUUCAGCUCAGCACAGACUCUCAAGGCAGCAACACCUCCAACAAACACCUACGUAGUGACACAUAUGGGCAGCACUUGCUGGAGAGCCCCUUUGAAAGACAGCACUUUCCAGAGGCCUAUGCCUCCCCCAGCCAUGCAAAGGGGGAACAGGCAGGUAUUUAUGCAUUGCCCCUGCUGAACAGUUCCAUGGACAAUGGCAAGACUCUGCUGACAUCUUCCAACACAUCGCUUAGCCGUAACCUGGCUGCCCACCAGACAUACUCUGCUGUGACAGGGUGUGAAGUGGUUGGCUCCACCCUUCCUGGCUACCCUCCCCACAUCCCAUCCAGUGGGCAGGGAAGCUACAGCUCUUCUGCAAUUGCUGGCAUGGUGGCAGCAGCAGGAAGCGAUUAUUCUGGGAAUGCCUACAGCCAUGCCCCUUACUCAAGCUAUGGAGAGCCUUGGCGCUUCCCCAGUUCUGGACUACUGAGUUCCUCAUAUUAUUACAGUUCAUCAUCACAGGGCCCUGUACCUCCCAAUGCCACCUAUGACCACCUGUAA